AUGCGAUCUCCCAAUGAUCUUACAACAUCAGCAACCAUGGAAGAUAUUCAUCAAAUAUGGUCUUGGAACGCUAACGUGCCUGAGGCGGGUGAGACAUGCGUUCACACCCUCAUCACCGACAAAGCUCUCCAGCAGCCAGAUGCACUUGCCGUCGACGCUUGGGACGGGAGGUGGACGUAUGGUGAGCUUGAGACUACUUCUACCAAACUGGCAUUGCGUUUGCUUGACCUUGGAGUUGGCCCUGGAACCAAUGUUGUCAUAUGUUUUGAAAAGUCGAAGUAUACGCCUCUGGCUAUGCUGGCCGUCAUGAAGGCGGGUGGAGCCUCCAUUGCGCUCGAUACAAGCCAACCACAGACACGGUUACAGUCUAUCAUCAACCAGGUCGACCCUGUAGUGAUACUAUGCUCCGCGUCCAAGAGUCAGUUGGCCAAGUCAAUCAUCACCGAGUCUGCAGUAGCAUUGACAAUUGAUGAAAAUUCUCUAUCCGAAAUGAAUUUCGAGCCGGACUCAGUCGCCCGUCUCCCUGACGUCAGUCUGGACAACAAUCUCUACGUGGUCUUUACCUCCGGAAGUACAGGAACUCCCAAGGGCGUCGUCGUCACACAUCUCAAUUACUCCACUGCCAUUCUCCACCAACAAGAAGCGCAUGGCUUCAAGUCUACUUCAAGAGUGUAUGACUUUGCUUCGUAUGCUUUUGAUGUGAGUUGGUCAAAUCUCAUCCACACCCUCACCAUCGGCGCCUGUCUGUGUAUUCCAUCAGAGCAGGACCGUAAGGACAAUCUCAUCGAGUCCAUACGCUCACUGUGUGCUACACAUAUCGAUGUGACCCCGUCUGUUGCUCGCCUUAUCCCUGAUUCCUUGCUCUGCAAGAUUGAAACACUUGUUUUAGGUGGCGAAAAGCUGCCUGCAGAGCUUGCCAGACAUUUGUCAUCGCUGGUAACAUUGAAAAAUCCGUAUGGACCGAGUGAAUGUACGCCUACAUCAACUAUCGCUACAAUUCGACCGGAUGAUGAUGAUUCAAAAAUUAGCAGCAUUGGCCGAGGCUUGGGUGUCAACACCUGGGUUGUAGACAGUGAGAAUGAAGAAAUUUUGGUGCCUAUUGGACAGGUUGGAGAGCUAUUACUUGAAGGGCAUCUGCUUGGCAAUGGCUACUUGAACGACCAGACGAAGACCACUGCGGCCUUUGUCAACAAUCCGCUUUUUCUGCUCAAUGGCGGCGAUGGACCUGGGCAGCCUGGGAGGCGCGGGCGUCUCUACAAGACCGGCGACCUGGUCCGUUACGAGAAAGACGGUAGCUUGACAUUUAUUGGCCGUAAGGACACGCAAGUCAAGAUUAACGGCCAACGAGUUGAGCUGGGUGAUAUUGAGCAUCAUAUUUACCGCCACAUCCCACAUGGCACCGUGUCUGUGCGACAAAUUGCAGCAGAAAUUAUUUCACCAAAGACUGGUUCCAAUGCUGUCCUGGCAGCAUUUCUCGAGGUCGACCUUGGUGUAGAGGAUACGGGAAUAGCGGAACAGUUGUUUUCAAAAACCGAGAAGAUGAUGUCUAACUUGAGAAGCAAUCUUGCUCGAGAUGUCCCUUCAUAUAUGGUUCCUGCUGUAUUCAUUCCGUUGAGGAACUUCCCAUUGUCUCCGACAGGCAAGACAGACCGACGCCAACUGCGGGCCAUUGGUGAAUCAAUGGACUUGACUGUCUUGGCAGGCUUUGGCGCAGCACCUAAUGAGGCUCGGAUCCCUCUCACUCUGCGAGAGAAACAGUUGAGAAGACUCUGGGGCUCUAUCCUCAGGAUUGACGAAAACCUUAUUGCUCUCGACGAUAACUUUUUGCAAAGAGCCGGCAACCCAAAUGCAGCCAUGAAACUCGUCACUGCAGCUCGAAGAGAAGGCUUCUCCCUGAGCGUGGCCAACGUGCUGAAGUAUCCGCGACUUCAGGACAUGGCACAGGUGGUUGGAACAGUGGAGCAAGAGCAGGCACAUGAAAUUAUGCCAUUUGAGCUUCUGAGCGAUGAUAUUAAUCUUGAUCUAGCCCUCAGAGAGGCUGCAGCAUCGUGCAACGUACAAGGGAAUCAAAUUCAAGACAUUUAUCCCUGCACACCGCUACAGGAAGGCAUGAUGUCCCUAUCCGCAAAACGCGAGGGUGAUUACAUCAUGCAGUAUACGCUGGAGCUACACCAUCGAUGCGACAUAGAGCGCCUAGGUAAAGCCUGGGCGACAGUAGUUGCUACGACGCCCAUUUUGAGAACACGAAUUGUCGACAUCACUAGCCAGGGGUUGGUACAGGCUGUUCUAGACGAGCAGUGGUCAAGUUCGUCGAUCCAAAGGAGGACCUUGAGCCAGGCGAGAGACCACAAGCAUCAAUUCGGGCUAGGCAUGCCAUUAGGCAGAUUUGAAAUUGUCACCGGCGACUCGUCUGAUUUUAAGCACUACUUCGUCUGGACACUGCACCAUGCCCUGUAUGACGGGUGGUCACUUCAGCUUUUACUCGAAAAGCUCGAGAACGAGUACGCCGGAAAGGCAGACGCGCAGUCAAACUCACCCGAUUUUAAACGUUUUAUCAAGUAUAUUUCAACGAGGGAUGGCGAGAAGACUCAUUCGUUCUGGACCGAACAGUUCCAAGACGUCGAAGCCCAGAUCUUUCCGAGUUUGCCAUCUGUCGACUACCAGCCUAGAUCGGACAAACUGUACACUCAUUCUGUGGGAGGAAUACAAUGGCCAAAAAAUGGAAUCACCCCAUCGACGACAAUUCGUGCGGCUUACUCUAUCUUGAUAUCCAGUCUGACCAACAGCCCAGAUGUUGUCUUCGGCAGCAUAACGACGGGCAGACAAGCCGCCGUGGAUGAGGUUGAAGAGCUUAUUGCACCAACUAUAGCCACUGUACCUGUGCGCGUUUCGAUCGACAGCAAAGACGAGUUGGGACAGUUCUUACAGCGAAUUCAAUCUCAGGCCGCAGAUAUGAUUGAGUUUGAGCAGACUGGGCUGCAUCAGAUUCGACAUAUCAAUGCAGAUGCGGAGCGAGCAUGCCAGUUUCAGACACUGCUUGUUGUUCAGCCCGCGGAGGGCUCGGGCACAGCACCGAGCGACAUUUUUACCAACAUUCCCGACGACAUAAGGAAAGGAGAUGGAAACAGCGCCGCAGAGCUGGGGACUUAUGCCUUGACUAUGGAGUGUCUGCUCAAGAAAGAUGGCCUUGACCUCCAUAUGAACUAUUGUUCCGCAGUCAUAUCGGAGCAUCAAGUGCGCCGUUUGUCACAGCAGUUUGAGCAUGUCCUUGGUCAAAUAUGUCAUCUGACGAUGAUAAUUCACAGACAGAGAACAACACUUGAAUCGCUGCGGCAGCCAACAACGGAAACUGAGCGGCAGAUGCAGCGAAUCUGGGCACAGGUACUCAACCUUAAUCAAGCAUCAAUUGGGCUAGAUUACAGCUUUUUCCAACUCGGCGGCGACUCUAUUGCUGCCAUGGAAGUUGUGACAGAAGCUCGUAAGCUUGGCUUGAAACUGGCUGUGUCAGACAUAUUCCGUCGCCCGAAAUUGCAAGACGUUGCAAAGAAGGCUUGUGACAGUGGCCUGCAGCUUUAUGGAGAAGAGCAGCUCAUGAACGACUCAGAAGUCCAAGUUAAAGGAGGUACCGAGCACACUAAGCUACCCAAUGAUGACAAGGCAGUUGCUGGCCAUGAAACGCAGCAAGUCAUGGUAUGGGAGGGAAUGUUCGAUAAGGAGGUCUAUGGAACUAUUAAUGAUGUCCAAUUGGAGAAGAUUGGGCGCGACUUCAUCGGAUGGACGUCCAUGUACAAUGGCAACCAAAUAGACAAUGUCGAAUUGAACGAGUGGCUAGACGAUACUAUUGCCACAAUACGCAGCAGCGGAUCGACAGCCAACAUACUCGAGCUGGGGUCCGGCAGUGGAAUGAUCUUGUUCAAUCUUGUCAACGGCCUGCACAGUUAUGUUGGACUUGACCCGUCAGAAAAGGCCGUGGACUUCGUUUGUUCCACAGUUAAAUCCAUUCCCCAGUUGGCCGACCGUGUCUAUAAUAUAAAGGGAACAGCAGACAACAUCAACAGCCUAGGCGUACCCAUCUCUGCUAACAUGGUCAUCGUGAACUCUGUCGUCCAGUACUUUCCCAGUCAAGACUAUCUGCUCAAAGUAAUUGAGGACCUAGUUCAGCUGGAAACAGUCCGCACGAUCUUUUUCGGCGACAUUCGCUCCUACGCGCUGUUUCGAGAGUUCCAGGUUACCAGGGCGCUGCAUAUUGCAGGAGAUACUGCAACCGAGGACGAGAUCCGACAGAUGAUGGCCAACAUGGAGCAAGUCGAGCUGGAGUUGCUGGUAGAUCCCGCUUUUUUCACAUCCUUAGUCGACCGGUUCCCUGGACUCGUCGAACAUGUGGAGAUUCUUCCAAAAAGAUUGAAGUCGACGAAUGAGCUGAGUGCCUAUCGAUACGCUGCCGUCGUGCAUCUCAAAGACUCAAACCAACUAGCUCAGCCAUUACAAGUCCACGAUAUCCAGAAAGAGAGCUGGAUUAACUAUUCCGGGCGUCAACUCAAUCGUCAGUCGCUGUUACAACUUGUACAGGAUUCUUUCUUACGAGACCCGUCCCCCUCAUCAGUUGUGGCCGUAUGCAAUAUACCUUAUAGCAUGACAGUCUACGAGAGGCACGUGAUUGAAUGGCUUGAUAGUGGCCUCACUGCCGGUCCCGAUGCUGAGGACUGGCUCUCUUCUAUCCGCCAAACAUCACAAGAAUGCUCAUCACUCUCGGCUCUCGAUCUGCAACAAAUAGCUCACCAGACAGGAUGGCAAGUGGAGAUUAGCUGGAGUCGGCAAUUUUCUCAGCGCGGUGGCUUGGAUGCCAUAUUCCACCGACACCAUUCACGAGGAGACCGAACCAGCAGGGCUUUGUUCAACUUCCCCACAGAUUAUCAAGGACGGCCAUCUCAAUCGUUGAGCAAUUGGCCUUUGCAGCGCAAGCGACAGGGAGAGGAAAAGCAAAUAACUUUGGGAGAUGUUUCUACCGUCUGCAAAGAGGACUUGCAUGACAUCUGGACUUGGAAUGAAGUUGUCCCAGACGCCCUCGAGGCCUGUGUCCACGAUCUCAUCUCGGACACAGUAAGAGCUCAGCCUCAAUCCCCUGCUAUUUGUGCUUGGGAUGGUGAGUGGAGUUACAUCGAGCUUGAUGAUUUGUCUAGCCGUCUUGCACACGCGCUUGCUCCGUUUGGCGUUGCCAACACAGUUGUACCUAUAUGCUUUGAAAAGUCAAAAUGGACACCAGUGGCAACGCUGGCUGUGAUGAAGGCCGGGGCAGCGUCAGUCACCCUCGAUGCCUCUCAGCCUCUGGAGAGAUUACGGUCGAUUAUCUCCCAGACUGACCCUCGAGUGAUCUUGUCAUCGGCGUCUAAGCAGGGCUUGGGUGCCCAACUCACUAAAGCUCCAAACCUUGUUGUUGACCAACAUUCCAUUUCUACUAUGCACAUCACCGCCGAGCCUCUUCCCACCGUUGACCCCUCCAGCAAGCUAUAUAUUGUUUUCACAUCUGGCACCACGGGUGUUCCUAAGGGCGUUAUUAUCACACACUCUAACUUUAGCAGUGCCAUCCGACACCAACAAAAAGCUCAUGGUUUCAAAUCGACAUCUCGGAUUUAUGACUUUGCCUCAUACGCGUUUGACGUUAGCUGGUCUAACUUCAUACAUGCACUUACUGUUGGUGCCUGCUUGUGUAUUCCGUCAGAUGAGGACCGCCGUGAUGACUUGGCCGGGUCGUUGGAGAGGUUCGGCGCUACCCAUGUUGACAUGACGCCUUCCGCAGCAAGCUUGCUCCCAGAGAAGUCAUUCAAAAGGCUUGAGACGGUUGUACUCGGAGGCGAGAAGCUUUCUGUCGAGAGCGCACAGCGCUGGAGCUCACUAGUCAGCCUCAAGAACCCAUACGGUCCCAGUGAAUGCACGCCCACGGCUACCAUUGCGACGGUAACACCCACCGAUGAGUACAAAUCCAGUAUUGGAAGAGGACUAGGUCUGAAUACAUGGAUUGUAAAUACUGUUACAGACUCUUUAGUUCCAGUCGGCGGGGUCGGAGAGCUCCUGCUCGAGGGGCCUCUCGUUGGCGCAGGGUACCUCGGCGAUGACACGAAGACGGCCGCUUCCUUUGUGGAAGAUCCUCAGUUCCUAUUGCAAAUAUGCCCUCAAGGUCAAGCAAGACAUACCAGAAUGUAUAAGACUGGCGAUCUGGUUCAUUACAACCCGGACGGAAGUCUUAGUUUCGUUGGGCGCAAGGACGCUCAGGUCAAGAUUCAUGGUCAGCGUGUCGAGUUGACCGAGAUUGAGAGCCAUAUUCGUCGCACCUCUAAGACUAUCCAGGUGGCUGUUUUGUUUACCAAGUCAGGGCUGUGUGCAAAUAGGGUAGUUGCAUUUGUCUGCAUCCAGGGAACUGGCCAAACUCAGACAGCCGCCGAUCAAAUUCGACUCAUCGAUCCCAAGUAUUCGACCCUUGUUACGGCUUACACCGAGUCCGCAAAGUCUAGUCUCAGCGACACUCUUCCUGCUUAUAUGAUCCCCUCAAUUUGGAUUCCACUCCAGCAUGUUCCGUUGUCAACGUCCGGAAAGCUCGAUUACAAAGCUUUGAAAUCAUGGCUUGAUAGCAUGGAUGCCAAGACGUUUGCCAAUAUUUUAUAUGCGUCUGAUGGCGACGUGAAGCUUCGCAAGGCUGAGACAGAAUUGGAACAGGUCAUAGUAGAGGCUUGCGCUAAAAUUCUCAACAUUACAGCAUCGAAGGUGAACCUGGAUCGGUCGUUCAUUGCGAAUGGUGGUGAUUCCAUCUCCGCCAUGAGGCUCGUUGCUCAUUGUCGCGCGGACAACGUCGUAUUUUCGGUGGCUAAAUUGCUAAAGAGCAAAACUUUGGCCGCUUUGGCCUCAUCUUCAAAAAUCAAGUCAGCUUCCAACGUGUUGGGCUUCUAUGAGGAAAAAAGUGACUCUUUUGCGUUGUCGCCGAUCCAACAGUGGUUCUUUGAACAAGGUCUCUACAAGAGAUCCAAUGACAACUUCGACAAUCAAGGAUUUUAUCUCAAGGUUAAGCGCCCAUUAUUGACAAAGGAUAUUGACUCGGCGAUUUCCAAAGUUGUUCAGCAUCACUCUAUGUUGAGAGCUCGCUUUCAUCGGAACGGCGACGAGUGGACCCAAAAAACGCUUAAGCCUGACACCAAUGGUUUAUAUCACUUUGGUGUCCACCACACGUGCCUUCCAGCUGAUAUAGAGCGACUAGCUCUAUCACGCCACCAGAUGAUCGACAUCGAAAAGGGGCCAGUAUUCUCUGCUGACAUUUGCCAUAAUGCGUUUGGAGAACAGUACCUGAUCCUGAUUGCUCACCAUCUUGUUGUUGAUUUAGUCUCGUGGCGUGUCAUCCUGGAGGACAUAGAAUCUCUACUCGGUGGUAGUAAUUUGCAACCAAGUCUUCCAUUUCAAGUCUGGAAUGAUAUGCAAAUUGAGCGGGCGAAGGAAUCGAGCCUACUUGAUCCUGAAAAUGUUCUAUCAACCACUGGAAUUAAUAACAACCUCGAUUUCUGGCAAGCCACAGCAGAAACCAAGAACACCGUCGAAGAUCACCUAAAUUUCUGUACCAAGAUCGACAGCAGCAUUACAGAGCUCAUCCUCAAAGACGCAAAUUACCCGUUCAACACUGAACCUGUGGACCUCCUUCUUGCGGCUGUUUGGCAUGCAUUCUUCAAGACGUUCCCCCAAAGAGACGGUCUCACUAUUUUUAUUGAAGGACAUGGUCGCGAGCCGUGGUCCUCGGAUAUUGAUCUUUCCCGCACUGUCGGUUGGUUUACUACCAUCAGCCCCAUUCAUGUGUCAAAGAGCGACGUACACAAGUCUGUCGCAAGUCUAGUACGCGUUGUCAAAGAUGCUCGGCGGCUCCUGCCUGCAAAUGGCUGGGCUUACUUUGCUUCUCGAUAUUUCAAUGAAUCGGGAAAAUCAGCGUUCAAAUCGCACGACUCUAUUAUGGAAAUAACCUUUAACUAUCACGGCCAAUUUCAACAGCUGGAGAACGAGAAGGCGAUGUUUGAAAAUGUUACGCUCAGUGGAGUCUGCGAGCAAGGACCAGCUCUUCCCGCCUCUUCCUUGAUUGCUGUCGAAGUCUCGAUAGAUCGAGGGCAGGUCACCUUCGACGUUUCUGCCAACCGCUACAUUAAUCACCAGGAUUGUAUUUCAAAUUGGAUCAAAGCAAUUUCACAGUCAUUGGAGACCAUUUCCAAUGAGCUUGUGUCUACAGAAAUCUCACAUCGCACGCUUUGCGACUACGAAUUUCUGAGCCUCGGGUAUACGGAGCUGGAUCGAUUACAGGAAAGUGUCAUCCCAGAAAUUGAGAAGCUAAAUAAUUCCACAGUAGAAUGCAUUUACCGCUGUCUUCCCACAGUUGAUGGUAUUCUGAUCAGCCAGUUCAAAGACCCAGAAUCGUAUAAAACAGUGCAACAUUUCGAGAUUACUUCCCACAUCGACGACCAAAUCGACCUAGAGCAUCUUUCUCUAGCAUGGCAAAAAGUGGUUGCCAAUCAACCUGCUCUACGAACCGUCUUUAUCCCUGGCAUGGACAAAGCCGCUGCAUUCAAUCAAGUUGUGCUGUCUCAGUACCACGCCGAGCUCAUCAUCCUGCAUACUGCCAGCGACGAGUACACCGAAGCCUUGGAGAUGUUCAAGAAUUUAAUCCCAAUCAAUUAUCAGAGCUUCAAGCCACCUCAUAGAGCCGCGAUCUGUCGAAUCUCACCUAGUAGAGUACUCUGCCAGGUUGAGAUGAGUCAUGCCAUCACAGACGGUGCAUCGACAUCUAUUUUGGCCAAUGAUCUUCUCCAGGCAUACAACGGCAACUCGAUGCCAAUAAAUCUCAUGGACACAGCAUGUGAGUUUGCUCGGGCCCAACUCACUUCCUCUUUUGGGGAAAAACUGUCAUACUGGAAGAAAAAGCUUUCGGGAAUGGAUCCCUGCCACUUCCCCAAAAUCUCGGGUGCUUCAACACAAGGCACCGGUACAUCCGUCUGCAAAAUUCGUGGCGCUCUGUUUAGCAAAAUCCAGGAUUAUUGCAAUUCAGUAGAAGUCACGACGGCCAGUUUAUUUCAGACCAUAUGGGCACUUACUCUGGCCGCCUAUACCGGCAACGACUCGACAUGCUUUGGGUAUCUAGCAUCUGGCCGCGACUUGCCUAUUGCUGGCAUCGAUAAAUCUAUCGGUGCAUUCACAAACAUGUUGACUGUUCAUGAUCAAGUUAUGCAAGAUCUGGAGCACCAGCACUGCUCACUAGCAAGCAUCCAGCAUGAACUAGGCAUAAAUUCCGAUAACCCUCUUUUCAACUCCAUCCUAUCAUAUCAGAAGCAGGACGAUGAGCCGGCAGAGACGAGGUACGACAUUGUGUUGAAUAUUGGGCACGCUACCGACCACAUCGAAAUUGUUUUUGACUAUAAACACGCCUGCCUUUCAAGCAUCCAGGCAGAGAGCGUACUUUCACUCAUGCAAUCUACAGCUGCCGCUCUAGUUCAGCAUGCUUCGGGAGAUCAUCAGACUUUAAGAAGCGUCAACAUGGUUAGCACUGAAGAUAUAUCUGACAUAUGGCAAUGGAACUCAGACGUUCCAGUCACUGUCGACGAUUGUGUGCAUCAUAUCAUUACGCGAACUUGUCAUAAACGCCCCCAAGCUCCGGCAAUCUGUGCAUGGGAUGGCGAUUGGACCUAUGCUGAAGUCAAUAAGCUGUCAGAUAAACUUGCCCACCUUCUAGUCUCCUAUGGUGUUGGCCCUGGAGUGGUUGUCCCGCUUUGCUUCGAAAAGUCAAAGUGGACACCCAUAGCAAUGAUGGCUGUCAUGAAGGCAGGAGGCGCAUCUGUUGCCAUGGACUCAACCCAACCAGAGGAACGCCUACGAGCAAUCGUAAACCAAGUGAAGUCACCUAUUAUCUUGUCAUCAUUUGCCAACGAACAGCUUGCAAGCCGACUAAUCAGCGAGCUUCCCAGCCCCACCAAGGUCCUCACAAUAAGCGACAAAGAAGUGGAAAAUUUGAAUGUUCCGAGUGGAAGCCAACUUCCUCAUGUCAACCCCAGUGAUACUCUCUAUGUGGUAUUCACAUCCGGUAGUACAGGGGUGCCAAAGGGAGUGGCAGUUACUCACUCCAACAUUGCCAGUGCGAUCAAACACCAGCGACACUUGCUUGGAUUCACUUCUGAAUCUAGGGUAUUCGACUUUUCUUCCUAUAUGUUUGAUGUUGUCUGGUGCAACUUACUACAGGGUCUUUCUGCUGGAAGCUGCGUUUGCAUCCCGAGCGACAAUGAAAGGAAGACUGACUUUAUGGCCGCUAUUGUUAAGAUGAGGGCAAACCUUGUCAUAUUGACACCUUCUGCUAUCCGCGGCCUGAAGCUUGACGCUCUGAACAGCCUAUGCAACGUCCACUUCAUCGGCGAACCUUUACAUGUUGACACUUUUAGAUCAGUUGACGAAAGUGUCACGAUAUCCAACCUAUAUGGCCCCACUGAAUGUACAACAUUCAGCACAGUACAAACCAUCUGCGGCAGACAGCAUCAGUCAAUCACAAUUGGCAAGGGAGCGGGUCUGAAUACCUGGGUCGCGGACAUAGCCACUGGUACGGCUCUUGUACCAAUUGGCAGUGCGGGAGAGCUUCUACUUGAAGGCCCAUUAGUCGCCGCCGGCUACCGGGGUGAUGCUGUCAAAACCGCUGCCGCAUUCGUAUAUGACCCGCCAUUUCUUCUGCGUGGAUCGGUGGGCCACCCUGGUAGACGUGGCCGCCUAUACAAAACCGGAGAUAUUGUUCGGUAUAACUCCAACGGUACUUUGACUUUCCUUGGCCGAAAGGAUUCGCAAGUCAAGAUCAACGGACAGCGAGUUGAGUUCGGUGAUAUUGAGUCUCACAUAAACGGGGCGCUGCUACCGGACUUCAGUGAAGGUCAAGCUUUAGUCGACUUUGUAACACCUCAAGGAAGCUCACGUCCAAUGCUUGUAGCUUUUGUUUACUUCGGACCUACUGUCACUGAGGGCAUGGAUGAGGCCGAUCUGCUAAGCCUAGCCAAGCGCACAGCCAUAUCGCUGGAUGAGAGUCUUGCUGCUCGAAUCCCUGCAUUCAUGAUACCAUCUGCUUAUAUUCCAUUGCAGAAAAUUCCUGUCACAGCGACAGGCAAGACAGACCGCCGUCGUUUACGCGAGAUGGCCAAAGAUGUUACCUGGGACCAGCUCAUUAAAGCUGACUCCCACGGUCCUGAUCGUUGUCAACCUGGCACAGAGAUGGAGAUACAGCUGCAGAUCCUAUGGGGGACUGUGCUAGGAGUUGAAAGUAGUUUGAUCGGUGCACAUGACAACUUCAUGCGCGUCGGUGGUGAUUCCGUGGGCGCAAUACGCUUAGCGAGUUCUGCCCGGGAACUUGGUUUCACGCUGAACGUGGCUGAUAUUCUCAAGAACCCGAAACUAAGUGAUAUGGCAAAACUUAUGAUACGAACAGAGCCGUCGCAGGAUAUUUCAAUCAAGGAAUUCUCUCUCCUCAAACCUGGCUCUGAUGUCAACUGGGCUGUUGCAGAGACAUCCGCUUUAUGUGGCGUGGACGGUAACCAAGUUGAAGAUUUAUAUCCUUGCACACCCCUGCAAGAGGGCUUGCUGGCGCUGACAACAAAGCGCCCCGGCGACUAUAUCAUCCGGUGCAUUUUGGAACUGAAGAGAUCAACAGACGUCAAAAAGUUCUGCGCCUCUUGGGAGGCGGUGUUGGAGAGCACCCCAAUACUACGAACUCGGAUCGUAGACAUCGCGGAACAAGGUUUGGUGCAAGCUGUCAUCAAGCAACCAGCACAGUGGACAUCGGCAGAAGCCUCCAGUUUGGUCGACUUCGUGGCUGCUGAUAAUGAGAAGACAACUGGUCUGGGUAUGCCCUUGGUGCGAUUCGGACUAGUACAAGAGACGAACAAACACUUUUUUGUUUUGACUCUGCAUCAUGCAGUAUAUGAUGGCUGGGCGCUGAAUCUGGUCUUCGAAAAGCUCGAAAAUUUUUAUGCUGGGUCUUCCAGGCAUGAAAGCCCGGAUUUCAGACACUUCGUCAAGCACAUUUCAAGUCUCGACAACGACGCGGCUGCCAAGUUUUGGAAAGACCAACUCCAAGGCUCAGAGGCACCCACUUUUCCCUCCUUACCAACUGCCACGUUCGUGCCCAAGUCUGAAAAGACCAUUUUGCACACAGUUGAAGAGUUGCAGUGGCCCAAGACUAAUGUCACUGCUUUUACGUUGGUGCGUGCGGCACUGUCACUUUUAACGGCGGCCUACACCAAUUCAGAAGACGUUUGCUUUGGCGUGACUUCCAACGGUCGGCAGGUUGGGCUCCCUGGAGUAGAAAGAAUGAUAGGCCCGACUAUUGCGACAGUGCCAGUUCGUGUUCGCAUUGACCGCGAGCAGCGUCUCCAAGCCUUCCUCACACAGAUGCAGCAUCAGUCCAUUGACAUGAUAGCGUUUGAACAAUUUGGUCUGCAGCAAAUACGGAAGUCAAGUCCUGACGCCGAACGGGCCUGUAACUUCCAGUCACUUCUCAUUGUCCAGCCGGCAGAAGAGACAGCCCAGUGGCAGAGCGAUAUAAUUGCCCGUGAUAUCGGAGAAGGAGCUGAUGAUCCUAUGGGCAUUCAAGAAAUUGGAACAUAUGCCCUUACUCUCGAAUGCCAUCUCGGACCCGACAGUUUGCUCAUAAAGGCCAACUUUGAUUCCAAUGUAAUCGAUGAACUACAGGUCAAGCGAUUUACAAAGCAGUUUGAGCACGUGCUUCGUCAAAUAUGCUGCUCUGGUAGUGGCCUUGUCGUUUCUGAUAUUGAUACCACCAGCAGACAAGACAUGGAAGAUAUUUGGAAGUGGAAUGCCGUAGUCCCCCAGUCAGUCAACACGCCUGUUCAUGAGCUCAUCUCCUCUGUGGCACGCAGACUGCCGCAUGUCCAAGCUGUAUGCGCAUGGGACGGCAACUGGACUUACCGUCAACUGGAUGACCUGUCAAAUUAUGUUGCGCACCACCUCGUCGACCUUGGUGUUGGCUCUCAGGACAUCGUACCGCUGUUGUUCGAGAAGUCCAAGUGGAUGCCGAUCGCGAUGCUUGGUGUCAUGAAAGCAGGGGCUGCGUCGGUGGCUGUCGAUACCAGUCAGCCCAAAGACCGACUUCGCAUGAUUAUCGACCAGGCAAAUCCCACGGUCGCGCUAAGCUCAGCUGAUAAGUUGCCUCUUGUCCGGAGUCUGACAAAGGCGCAAAGCUUCGUUGUCAGUGGCCAAGGUAUUGACCGCUUAUUAAAACCUAGCCUUAAUGCUACACUUCCAGUUGUCGAUCCGUCCAGCAGACUGUAUUUGGUCUUCACCUCUGGUAGUACGGGUGUCCCGAAGGGUGUUAUAAUUCGACAUUGCAAUUUUGCCAGUGCAAUUAAACACCAGAAAGAAGUUCAAGGCAUCCUUCCAACCUCGCGUGUCUAUGAUUUUGCUUCAUAUGCAUUUGACGUCGCAUGGGCCAAUGCGCUACUGACCUUUGAGAGCGGCGCUUGUCUCUGUAUCCCAUCCGAUGCUGACAGAAAGAAUGAUCUAAACGGUUCGAUUGCGCGACUGAAGCCAACUCACGCUGAUCUUACGCCUUCGGCAGCACUGGUCCUGUCCAAAGAGUCACUUCAGCAGCUUGAUACCCUCACUUUAGGUGGCGAACGUCUCCUAGCGGAGUACGCAACAAAGUGGUCCCAGUUUGUGACAGUUAAAAACUCAUACGGACCAAGCGAGUGCACUCCAACUGCCACAUUUACCGAGGCAAUUGGGCGUGGAUACGAUCUUGGUGCUAGCAUUGGUAAGCCUGCUGGUCUCAACACUUGGGUGGUUGAUCCUGUGACGGGGCAGUCGCUCGUUCCCAUUGGAGGCGUCGGCGAGCUGUUCUUGGAGGGGCCGCUUGUCGGUGCUGGCUAUCUUGAUGAUGCAGAGAAAACGAAUGCUGCUUUUAUCCAUGAUCCACCAUUUUUGCUCCGCGGCAACGUUGUCGCGCAACCUGGACGACGCGGCACGCUGUACAAGACGGGUGACAUUGUGCGAUACAACUCAGAUGGCAGUCUCACUUUUGUUUGUCGGAAAGAUACACAAGUCAAGAUCAAUGGCCAGAGAGUAGAGCUUGCUGAGAUUGAGAGUCAUAUAGCUCUAUACACAGCGACCCGACAAGUGGCGACCCUAUUGCCUAGCACUGGCCUCUGUGCAAACAAGCUGGUAGCUAUGAUCAGCCUCACAGAUGUGAACUAUGAUGUUAGCGAGGACCUCGCCGAAAACAAGAUUGAGCUGGCAUCUUCGGAACAUGACCAACUCAUCAAUGAGCACAUCGAGGCCCUUCAAUCGUUAUUGCGCGAGUCUUUGCCGCAGUACAUGAUUCCAUCUCUGUGGGUGGUCUUGUACAACCUCCCUAUGACAGCAUCGGGAAAGCAAGACAAUAAGGCACUCAAAUCCUGGCUGGAAAAUAUGGAUGAAACGCUCUUUUCUAAAAUCAACAAUGCGAACGGUAGCGACAUUAUCCGAAAACCAGACACAGAAGACGAAAGAGUCCUCAGCCAGAAAUGCAGUAUUGUCCUUAAUAUGCCCGUCGACAAGAUCAAUCUCGACAAAUCUUUUAUUGCGAAUGGUGGAGAUUCCAUUUCCGCCAUGAGGCUUGCAUCCCACUACAGAACUGUGGGAAUUUCCAUCUCAGUCUCAACACUCCUUCAAAGUAAAACCCUCGCGGAUUUCGCAGCAUUUUCGGGCGCAACAGCCAUUAGCGGAGUCAGUCAGGAAGAGCAUACUGACGUUCCUUUCGAACUAUCACCCAUCCAGCAGUGGUUCUUUGACCAAUCGCCAUUUAUGAGCCAGCAGAAGCAUGACAGAUUCUACAACCAAGGAUUCUAUGUGAGACUCAGGCGCACAGUGAGAAUCAAUGAUCUAGAAUCAGCCUUUCUUUCUCUGGUCAAUCGCCACGCGAUGUUACGCUCGCGAUUUCAGCAUCAUGGGGGCAAAUGGAAGCAAAUAAUCCUCAGUCACAGCAAACGAGCUCUUCAUUUGAACGUAUCGCAGCACCUGUCCAUGAGCGAGAUUGCAUCGUUAGCUCAAGAGCGGCACCGACAGAUUGACAUAGAGAAAGGUCCUGUCUUCUCGGUUGAUAUUUGCUUACUAGGCCAGCAGCAGCAUCUGGUCAUGAUAGCCCAUCAUUUGGUUACCGACUUGGUCUCCUGGCGGAUUAUCUUAGAUGAUCUGGAGACUAUUCUCAACGGCCAUUCCCUAACGGCCGCUCUACCCUUCCAAGUGUGGAGCAGGCUGCAAGCUGAGCGGGCUGUAUCUUCCACUUUGAAGCCUCACAACUUGCUGUCGACUGACGGCGUCCAUAACAAUCUCAAGUUUUGGAAGUAUACGCACGACACGCCCAACUGCUUGGCAGACCACAGGCUCCGAUCGGUCACUAUUGAUCGAGAAACUACGGCUGUACUACUGGGCGAGGCAAACAAUGCCAUGAAUACAGAGCCAGUAGAGAUCCUUUUAUCAGCUGUUUGGGAUGCAUUCUUUCGGACGUUUUCCCAGCGCAACAGCCUGACCAUAUUCAACGAAGGUCAUGGUCGCGAAGCUUGGUCCGAUGAAAUUGACUUGUCGAGCACUGUUGGAUGGUUUACCACACUCAGUCCCAUCAACAUCUAUAGAAAUAAUGCCACCAGCGAGACCGACAUGGUGCGGCUCGUCAAGGAUGCCCGCCGCAGCCUUCCCGCGAACGGCUGGUCUUACUUUACCUCCCGAUAUCUGAACCCCGACGGGCAAAGAGCUUUUGAAAGCCAUAACACGGUGUCUGAAGUUGUUUUCAAUUAUCAUGGCCAAUUCCAACAACUAGAAAGUCAUCAAGCCCUUUUUGAAGACAUUGAUCUUGUCGGUGUACGUGUGCAAGGUCGCUCAAUAUCUGCAGGGUCUUUGUUUAACAUCGAGGUUGCCAUUGAAGCAAUGCAAGCGCACUUUGAAUUCUCCGUUAAUCAAAAUAUCGCUCAUCAGAGCUUGAUUAACCAGUGGAUUGACCAAAUUCAACCCUCUUUGGAAAGGAUUUGCCUCGUCCUUCUCGAGGCCAACCCAACGCAUACGCUGUGUGACUUCAAGUUCAUCAGUCUCGACUACCAGCGCCUUGACGAUCUUACCAGUCGACUACUUCCGGAGAUCGAGUCAAUCAACCAAUCAACUGUUGAGGAGAUUUUCUCGUGCUCUCCGAUUGUCGAUGGAAUGCUCCUCAGUCAGAUAAAGCAGCCAGAAUCAUACAAGACACUUCAGCGAUACGAGGUGUUGUCAUCUCAUGACCAUCCUAUCUGUCUCGACACCCUCAAAAUUGCUUGGCAAAGGGUGAUUUCUCGCCAGCCUGCCUUGAGGACAGUUUUCAUCGCUGGCCUUGACGGAUCUACCGCCUUUUACCAGGCCCUUCUCAAACAGUGCUCCGGGGAUGUUAUCGUUGUUGAGGCUAAAACUGAAGAGGAAGCCCUGAAAGCCUUUUCCUCGCUUCCGAAAGUCGAUUACCAACAGGCCAAACCUCCUCAUCGCCUCACUCUUUGUCAAACGCCGGAUGACAAAGUCUUUUGUCAGAUUGAAAUGAGCCAUGCUAUUACUGAUGGUGCCUCUUCCAACAUUUUGAUUAAGGAUCUGAUUGACGCUUAUGGUGAUAGGCUGUCGUCAACAGACCUUGUCAAAACAACACGCGAAUUUGCUAGCCACUUGCUGGCUAAGCCACAGUCCCAAAAGAUUUCGUAUUGGAACACAAAACUCAAGGGCCUUGAACCUUGCCGCUUUCCAUCCCUAUCGAGCAUGUCUCGGGAGAAGCACGAGUGUAGCUCGGAGAUUGGAGUUUUUGUCGAAGACAAGAUGUUUGCGCAGAUUCAAGACUUCUGUAGCAUAAACCAGGUCACGCCAGCAAGUCUCCUCAAAAGCGCCUGGGCUUUGACACUCUCGACCUACGUACAAAAUCAAUCUGUCUGCUUUGGCUAUCUGGCAUCUGGUCGAGACCUCCCAAUCGCCGGGAUGGACGAAUCUGUCGGCGCUUACACUAACAUCAUGGUCUGCCGUGCCGAUUUGGAUGGGCAACAGCCUGGUGUGGCACUCGUGCGACAACUUCAGAAUCAAUUAAUGCAGGACUUGAGCUUCCAACAUAUAUCGCUUGCUAGCAUUCAACAUGAGCUUGGACUGGCGUCCGAUCAGCAGCUUUUCAACUCUAUUGUCUCUUUUCAGAGGUCAGGAGACGAUAAUGAACAAUCAGCAGAGGAGGGUAAACUUCGAUUCAAGAAUAUUGAUGGUUUGGACCCAACAGAAUACGACAUCGUAUUGGGUAUCAACCAAGGAACCAGGUCCAUCGAAAUUGACCUUGAAUUCUCACACAGCUGUCUCACUAGUAAUCAGGCAAAACGCAUUCUCGAGCAUCUGCAGUCAAACAUUGCCGCUAUUCUUCACAAUGAGCCACCUGCUCUGAUCAGCCCCCAAGAUGAGCAAGAUAUUUGGAGCUGGAACUCCACUGUUCCUGACAUGGUCAACAUCUGCGUUCACGAUCUGAUCUCCAAGAUAGUAUUCCGCCAGCCUGAUGCACCAGCUGUUUGCUCAUGGGACGGCGAUUUCACCUAUGCGGAGCUGGAUAAUCUUGCAACACGCCUUGCCAAUAGCCUCAGCAAGAUGGGCAUCGGAAGAGGCAGCAUCGUCCCGCUAUGUUUUGAAAAAUCCAAAUGGACACCAGUUGCCAUGCUAGCAGUUAUGAAAACAGGUGCAGCCUCUGUUACGAUGGAUACUAGCCAGCCUGAAGAACGGCUCCAGUCUAUUGUUGCACAGGUGGAUGCUAAGCUUGUGAUUUCUUCGACAUUGAAGGUUGAGCUAGCAGCCAGGCUCACAACGGCUCCCGUCUUGGCUAUAGACAAAGCCAGCAUGAAGGCGAUGGCUGACGAUACGCCGCUGGCUGCAGUCGAUCCCGCAAACAGUAUUUACAUUGUCUUCACAUCAGGGAGCACUGGCACGCCAAAAGGUGUCAUUAUCACUCAUACCAACUACAGCAGCGCCAUCAAGCAUCAGCAGAGUGAACACGGCUUCAAGCCAACCUCUAGGGUCUUUGACUUUGCCUCUUAUGCGUUCGAUGUCAGCUGGUCCAAUUUCUUGCACACCUUGACCAUUGGGGCCUGCUUAUGCAUUCCUUCUGAUGAUGAUCGUAAAAAUGACCCGGCGGGCGCAAUUGACCGCUUACGGUGUACACACGUUGAUAUGACCCCCUCGGCCGCAAGCGUCUUACCUGCCAGUACGUUGGCUAAAUUGGAUACCAUUGUUCUGGGAGGCGAGAAGCUCUCGCUUGAAUAUGCCCAACGCUGGUCCGCCCUGACAAGCGUGCGUAAUCCGUACGGGCCUUCUGAAUGCACACCGACGUCGACAAUUACGGAGAUCAAUUCUGCGGAAAUAAGCAAGGGCAAAGUGAGCAUCGGCAAAGGAGUGGGACUCAAUACUUGGAUUGUUGAUCCUGCCACUGCACAACAUUUAAUGCCGAUUGGCAUCCCUGGGGAGUUAUUACUCGAAGGUCCGCUUGUUGGUGCUGGCUAUCUUGGAGACCCUGUCAAAACCGCUUCAGCAUUUAUUGAAGACCCAGAAUUCCUAGUCAAAGGCGCUAGUCCAGGAAUUCCAGGCCGCCGUGGUCGUCUGUACAGGACGGGCGAUCUAGUCACCUAUAAUACCGAUGGUAGCUUGUCAUUUGUGGGCCGAAGGGACUCUCAAAUCAAAAUAAACGGGCAACGCGUCGAAUUAGGCGACAUCGAGUCGCACGUUUCUGCAAACCUGGUGAGUCAUGGCAGUGCUCAGGUUGCGGUCGAGGUUGUGUCACCCCAAGCUAGCUCCAACAACAUACUUGUCGCCUUCGUGAGCUUUGACGACCUGAAUUCUAUCAACCUGAAUGAUGAAAAGCUUCUUGCCCGCACGAAAGCGGCGACCGAGGGAAUUAGGGAGAAACUCGCGACACAAAUCCCAUCUUAUAUGAUUCCUUCGGUCUACAUCCCUGUUACUGUUUUUCCCACAACAGCUACUGGGAAGACUGAUCGGCGCCGAUUACGUGAAAUGGCCUCAAGCCUCACCCUGGAGCAGCUUACCUCAAUCAACCAAGCUCAACAGCAAUAUCAACCCCCCACUACUCCCUUGGAAGUGGCACUUCGGGAGCUCUGGAUCUCAGUCCUCAAAUUAGGAUCGCGAAAAAUUAGCACUACAAACAACUUCUUCGAACUUGGUGGAGAUUCCAUCGGUGCUAUGAGGCUGGUAGGCGCGGCCCGUGACCACGGACUAUCGCUUUCCGUUGUAGAUAUUUUCAAGCAUCCUAAGUUCAGCGAAAUGGCUGCUUUGCUUCGUUCUGUGGAUAAGCCGCAGUUGGAAGAGCCACGGGUAUUUCAACCCACUUCGCUUCUGUCCAAAGAUCACAACAAAGACCAGAUACUCUCUCGACUCUUUGACUUUGGUAUUGACUUGGAAAAUGUUGAAGACAUCCUCCCUGUCACGGAUCAUCAAGCUCGUUCCAUCGCGAUGACUCACUCUGCGUCCCGCGACUUGCUACUCUAUCACACUUUAGAUAGCAAGGGCGUGCCAAAUAUGCGCAAGAUGCGAGCAGUGUGCAAUGAGCUCGUCAAUAGAUAUGAUCUCAUGCGAACCCUUUUCAUCGCACAUAAAGACAGCUUCUUGCAGGUCGUGCUGAAGGCCUUUCCUGUGGAUAUAACCGUCUUGAGAAUUGAGAAUGCCAGCCUAGAGGAAUGCACAGAAGAGCUACGAUUACGCGACAGGGACGAUGAGCUCCGUUAUGGCUCGCUCCUAACAAAGAUUGCUAUUUUGCAUCAAAUCCGCGACAACGAAUACCGUCUUGUGGUCCGCAUUUCCCAUGCUCAACAUGACGGAAUGAGCUUGAUGAAAAUGUGGAACGCAUUUGAAGAAAUGUACGGUGACGGGAGUGACGACUCAUUCCACAUUCCUUCGGACACUAGCUUCCAAGAAAAGUCUAAGGCUAGUUUCUCCAACUACAUGCAUGCCGUGGCUGGUACAAACCGGGAGCAAGCUAAGUCUCACUGGCGCAGACUCCUCAAGGGCUCUAGCAUGACGAACCUCAAGCCCCAUGCUUCAUAUGCCCUGACCUUUGGCGAAGGACCAUGUGUCGCCAGACAUGUUCCUAAGAGCAUUGCUCAAGGUACUGGAUUUACAUUUCAUACUGUACUGAAGGCUGCUUGGGCGUACGUUCUGGCAAAACACCUUGCCAACGACGACGUGGUUUUCUGUAGCCUCACUCACGGUCGGGGCUUGCCCGGGACACAAGAUGUCUUUGGAGACUGCGUGAACAUCAUUCCUACUCGAGUAUCUUUUACCGACGGAUGGACUGUUCGCGACCUUCUCAGUGCAUUGAACACCCAACAGAUUGCGAGCAUGGAGCAUGAGAAUAUAGGCACACGCGAAAUUGUCCGUGACUGUACUACAUGGCCGAAGUGGACAUAUGCAGGAUCCAUCGUUUAUCACCAUGACUUUGACGAUGGAGAACAUAUUGCUCAUAACCGCAGUAUGCACGUUGAGCAGGAGCUAAAUCUGUCUCACGGCAAAGUGGACAUGACCGACGUUCAUAUCACUUCUAAGCCUGAUAACAACAUGUUCCGAAUUGAGCUGGACUUCGCACAUGGCGUGGUGUCUGAGCGUGACGCUGAACUGCUAGCUGCGAAACUGACGGAGUCUAUCAUCGUUUUCUGCAAUGUCAUGGACCAGCCUUUGUUAUCUCCCGACGAGAUCAGAUAUCUGCGGACAACCACAUUGCUGCCCUCAGAGGAGCCUCUCAGUGCAACCCCAACAAAUGAACAGUUAAUGGUUGCUAGCAUUAGCCCGACUGAAAUGCAAUGGGCGCUUGAGAGUGCGUGGAAGGACACUUUCAAUUGCCCCCUUAGUCCUGAGGUGAAAGCGGGCAAGACAAUUUUUGAUCUUGGUGGUGACUUGAUAAGCGCUAGUCUGAUAUCAGCUCACAUGGAGAGGCAAGGAUAUGUCCUUAGUGUUGAGGAUGUCUUGGGGAAUCCGACGUGGUUCUCGCAACUGACGCUGUUGACGAAGCGCACUCUUCGGGAUGUUGAUGUCUGA